UGCCACAUCAGUGCCACAUUUAAGUGCCCAUCAGUGUCACCCAUCAGUGCCAGUCAAUGCCACCUAUAAAUGCCAGUCAGUGCCACCUAUCAGUGCCAGUAAGUGCCGCCUAUCAGUGCCAGUCAGUGCCGUCUAUUAGUGUGCAUCAGUGCUGCCUAUCAGUGCCACCUAACAGUGCCAGUCAGUGCUGCCUAUUAGUGCCAGUCAGUGCCACCUAUCAGUGCCAUAUGUGAGUGCUGCUUUUCAGUGCCCAUCAGUGAUG